UACUCCUACUUUUAUCUUCACUCUCAUUGCGGGGAAACUGAAUGAAGCAUAAUUUUUCCUAAAUUGUAUAAUUUGUGCAUUUUUUAGAGCACCUUUUAUAUUUAAAUAAUUAUUUAAUGCUAGAAAUUUUAUUUGAACAAUGACUUUAAAUCCGCAAUACGAUACUCUUGCUAAAACAUUCGUUCAACAGUUCUAUGGUAUCUUCGAUGAUCCGGCUAGGCGUGCAACUUUGGCUACCUUUUACAACGAAGAGCGCUCUAUGAUGACUUUUGAAGGUGAACAAUUUUUCGGUUGUUCAAAAAUUAUUCAAAAAAUUCAGAGCUUGACAUUCCAAAAGAUUGCUCAUAGCAUUACUGCUGUAGAUGCUCAGCCCAUGUUUGAUGGUGGUAUUCUCAUAUCUGUUUUAGGCCAAUUAAAGACAGAUGAUGAUCCACCUCACAGUUUCAAUCAAGUAUUUGUUUUGAAGCCACAGCCAGAUACUGGCAGCUUUUAUGUUGCCCAUGACACCUUCAGGCUUUCCCUCCACUCUAUGUAAACUCCUUUUUUUUGUGUGUGUUUGAUGUUAUUUUAAGCUUUUCCAUUAAAACUGUAUCUAUGCAAGUCUCCCAUUUGAAACUUUUUUGAGCUUUAAUAAAGUGCGAGUUGUAAUUUGCAA